GUGAACUGUGAAUCGAUUAUCCAUUAGGAAGACAACCUUUACUGACUUGUCAAGGAGAGAAGAGGAGGGGUGGUCUGAACUGUAGCGACAGGCUAAAGCUUUCAUCAUUUAUUAUUCAUCGGAUGAACUCAGACCAAGGUAAGGUAAGGUCCUCGUGAUGACCCUACAGUGACCCUCAGCUGAUCAUCAAGGGGCCACACCUCUCGCCGUGCUCCCCGCACACAUCUCAGCUGCAUCAUGGGGGACAUAGUCCAGAUGCACUUCGGCACGGUGGAUUAUGUGAUUUUCGCUUCGCUGCUGGUGGCCUCCACAGGAAUCGGGCUUUAUUACGCCUUCUCAGGGGGUCGCCAGAGGACCACGCAAGAGUUCCUGCUAGCUGAUCGCAGCAUGAGCUGCCUGCCGGUGUCACUGUCGCUGCUGGCCACUUUUCAGUCUGCGGUGGCCAUCCUGGGUGCCCCGUCUGAGAUUUACACGCAUGGCACGCAGUACUGGUUCCUGGGCUGCUCGUACUUCCUGGGUCUGCUUAUCCCAGCACACAUCUUCAUACCAGUGUUCUAUAGACUCCGCCUCAGUAGUGCCUAUGAGUAUCUGGAGCUUCGUUUUAGUAAAAGUGUUCGGAUAUGUGGCACCGUGACCUUCAUCUUUCAGAUGGUGAUCUACAUGGGAGUUGUUCUGUAUGCUCCAGCGCUUGCACUCAAUGCCGUCACUGGUUUUGAUCUUUGGGGGGCAGUGCUGGCGAUGGGAUUGGUGUGCACGCUUUAUACAACACUAGGUGGUUUGAAAGCAGUCAUCUGGACAGAUGUGUUUCAGACGAUCGUGAUGUUUGCAGGGCAGCUGGCAGUGAUCGUGGUGGGCACUCAACAGGCAGGUGGCAUCGCUGAAGUGUGGAGAAAAGCACAAAAUGGCAGUCGCAUCUCAGGGCUGAACCUCAAUCCUGACCCUUUAGAGAGACACACAUUCUGGACUCUAGGAGUAGGGGGCGUUUUCCUCAUGCUGGCCCUGUAUGGAGUGAAUCAGGCCCAGGUCCAGAGAUACCUCAGCUCCCGCACAGAGAAAGAGGCCAUCAUGUCCUGCUAUGUUGUGUUUCCAUGCCAACAGAUCGUGCUCACGUUGGGCUGUUUAAUGGGUCUGGUUAUGUACGCGCGCUAUGGGGAGGAGAGCCCUCUGGAUCAAGGCUACGUCACAACUAAUGACCAGAUGGUGCUGUACUUUGUGAUGGAUGUGCUGAGAGAUCUUCCUGGUUUGCCAGGACUGUUUGUCGCCUGCCUGUUCAGUGGAGCUCUCAGCACAAUCUCAUCUGCCUUCAACUCACUGGCAACGGUUACCAUGGAGGACCUGAUCAAACCUCACGUUCCAGCCAUGACUGAGGCCCGUGCCACCAUGUUAUCAAAAAUUUUGGCUCUUGGCUAUGGGCUUGUGUGUCUUGCUAUGGCGUACAUCGCUUCUUUAAUGGGCUCUGUGCUGCAGGCAGCACUCAGUAUAUUUGGGAUGGUGGGGGGACCUCUUCUCGGGGUUUUCUGUCUUGGGAUGUUUUUUCCAUGUGCCAAUUCAACCGGUGCUCUGGUUGGGCUGGCCACCGGGCUGGUCAUGGCUUUCUGGAUCGGCAUUGGAAGCUUCCUUUCACGAAUGUCCACAUCUGUAGCGCCUGUGAUAAAUGGUACUGUCAUUCCUGACAUGGGAAACAUUACAACUGCUGUUAUGACGACACUCAUCACAGCUAAACCUAGGCCCUCUGGUGUUCAAGCUCUGUACUCAUUAUCAUACAUGUGGUACAGUGCUCAUAAUUCUGCCACUGUUGUGGUGGUGGGACUAUUGGUCAGCUUUCUCACAGGUCCCUGGAAGGAGAAACAGUUAAACCCAGGCACAAUUUACCCUGUAUUGGGCAAUCUGCUGUUCUUUCUGCCCCAGCGCUACAAAGAGAAGCUCUGCUGUGUUACGCCACUGGAGAACAAGUCUAAAGGCCUGGACCAACAGCCUUACCAGAUGGCACAGAAAGAGAACAAUGGUGUUGCCCAUACUAAAGACGAAGACAAGCUCAGGGAGGAGGAGGAGGACAAACAGGCUUCCAUACAACCUACAUGCAACAUUGUCCAUACAGUGCAGGAAACGGCCUUGUAACAACAUCACAUCAAAGUACAAAAGAGCCAUUGGGGAAAUAGAAUUACGGUAUGCGUUGUGAGGUCAUUAAAAGGCCCCUCUGCAAUAUUGGUACACUGUGCCCCAAACUGCCAACAAUAGCGGUGAUUAGAUGUUUUUAUGGUACUUUAUGGUGUCACUAGUCUGUGUCAUAGGUUAAACUGAUCUUUUGAAACUAGUUUACAUGGCCUUAAUUUAAUCUCACGAUAAUGAUAAACGCACAUGCACAAAUCAAAACAAGCACUCCGGAAGUGGUGUUUGGGAUGGUAACUGCAAGACAGACCACGGUUUGCACAAUUCCUCAAACUUUGACAGACGGCUGUCGCUUAAUGUUAGUGCCAUUUCGCCAUGUUUGGGGUCUUUCUAUCCCCAAAAUUUGUUUUUUUUUUCCUAUAGUUGGUAACCGCUAGCCAUUAGAUUGAAAUAAUGCACUGCGUUUUAAAAACUGGAUAGCUGUCCACAUCUCAGAAAGUGUUUUAUUUAAGAUCAAAUAUGAAUUGAAUUGAAUUAGAAAACAGUCUUGUAAAUGUAAUUUAUGGUGUAGAAUGUUCAAUGGAAGUUAUAAUAUCGUUUUUAUAUUUGAUACAGGCCUUAGAUAUACAGCAGAUCUAAAGAUGCUUGUUCUAGUAUCAAGAAUAGAAUUGAGACUUCUUCAAAAGCUACUGAGCGUAACAAUCUGUAUGAAACGUUUUAGUUGUGUUUUUUUGCCUACGAAUUGAUUCGGUUGCACUGGUUUCUUGUCAUUUUGUUUGAUUUGUUCCGUUUCUUGAUGUUAGAGAAAUUAUUUGCUCUCUAGUCAAAAUUCAGACCUCAGUCUAUGCCAUACCAUUUGUAGACGCUAUAGACAUUUGUGGGAUUGUGCCUGCGAAUGAAAUGAAAGCUUUUUCUGAUCAUCUCAAUCCCUUAGGCACAGAUAGUAUUUUAAUUUGUUUGGCUUAACAAUAUGCCUUGUUUGUUGUCCUGCAUUCUCUUCUUGUCAGUGCUUCAUGUUCGUCCGGUGACAUUUUAGUUUUGCAUUUUUCUGCAUUGAAAUUCAGUGAUGUGAUAUUAACAAUACUGUUCAUCAUGUGGGGAAUGGGAAGAGGCCGUUCACACAGCCAACGGGUUUACAUACACCUCCUCAAUUUUGGUCAUUGUUACAUGAGCUAGAUAGGGGUGAAGCAUGAGAGCAGCGAAAUAUAAAUAUUGAUGACUCAUGUUGCACUAUACAGAUUUUUGUCCAAUCACAAGCAUUCUAGAAUAGAGAUGUCCCUCCCCUUAAUAACAGCUGCAACUGAAUAGCAAAUAGCACAUAUGGUGUGAUGUCAGUCGAAGUCUAUUGGCUAUUCUUUUCCACACUAUUUGACAAGGCUUUGCAAUAAUGAUGAAAAAUGCGAUAUAUGAUGGUUAGCUUAAUAAUGCGAUACGAUAAAACUUCUGACAAUAAAAAGCCUGUAAAUUCAAUUUAACCUAUAUAAAAAAAUUUAAGCGGAAAAUAAUACAACCAACAUAAACGUUUCACAUUAUUUCUAAUUAUUGAUCAUCUUCCACACACCAGGCACAGUCACUCUGCUUCAACUUGAAACAUUGUUAAACUUGUUCUUUUAAUUUAGUUAAUGCAAACUAUUGCAAUAUGCACAUUUGAGAUCAUUUCGAUAUGUUGUGCGGUCCUACUCUUUGGUAUGGAAACGUCGCCUUUCAAUAGGAUACAUUUCAACACAAGGCAGAGAACUAACACAACAACUGUUUUUGAAAUCAAGAACAUAUCCGGUGUGAGCGGCCCCAGUCAUUUGAAGCACACUCUACAUUUCAUGUGUUUUAUGUCUUUCGAUGUACAGUAUAUUGUCUGGGAUGAAAUUACUAUGAGAGCAAUUUUGAGACUAUCAGCAUUAGAUGAAAACUGGACAUUUGUUGGCCUAGUAGGUCUGAAAGACAAAAAAGCCUUUUUAACGUAUAUUAAAUUCUCAUUUACAGUCAUUCUGUAGUUUCUUAAACAAGACGACACUAAUUCCUAGUCAUACCAAUUUGGUUUAUUGAUGCAAGUCUUGCAAUAGAUUUCUUUAAUGAAAAUGCAAGAAAUAACACUUUCAGCUUUGAUUUUGGUUACUUGACCAUUCCAGUCACCAAGGGUCCAACACAAUGACUCUGUUAUUGUCAAAUGUGAUCAUUUCUCAUUAGCUCUGUUCUCAUGGAUAUGUAGUAUUGUUUUACCAUCAUUACUGUCAUGUGUCUUAUGCAGAUUGUAUGUCAUACCAGAAAUGACUUGAAUUAUGCGUGCCAGUCAUUCAAACACAGUAAUGCGCAGUAUUGCACAUUUAUAUGUCACACCAAGAAAUUAUACAAAAUGUGAGGUUCUACAGGUCUUUAAAACCAGGAUUAAGAACCACUGCCAUGAUAGAGCACAUAGGGUUACAGCCUAAAUAUUUAAUCUGUGUAGUGUGUUUAAUUUCUCUCUGGAGAGUUUUGUCCCCUGCGGGUGACGAAAGAAGGAACUCUAUUGCCACAUUGUAAACCUACGUAAAAACUGACAAAAGUGCUGUGGCACAAAAGACCUAAGCAGGGUGAAACCGUUAUCAAUGGGCUAUAUGCAUGCGUGACUUCUGUGCUUCACAGGAAGAACCCUAGGCAGUUUC